AAAAAUGGAACUGCUAGCGAGACCGGGCCGCUCGUGGCGCACACAGAUGCUCGUGCUGGGUGUUGUUGUUGUUCUCCUGGGAGUACUGCAACUGCCCAGUGCCCAAUCGGCUGCCGUUAUGUCCGUGGACCUGGGCACCGAAUGGAUGAAAGUGGGCGUCGUUUCGCCCGGUGUGCCCAUGGAGAUAGCCCUCAAUCGUGAGUCCAAGCGCAAGACUCCAGCCAUAAUUGCAUUCCGCGAUGGCGUGCGCACCGUCGGCGAGGAUGCCCAAACCAUUGGCAUACGUGAUCCCAACUCGGCCUAUGGCUAUCUGUUGGAUCUGCUUGGCAAGACCAUCGAUAAUCCCAUUGUGGAUCUAUACCGGCAACGCUUUCCCUACUACAACAUUGUCGGUGAUCCGGUGCGUAAUACGGUGGUGUUCAAGAAAAGCGACACCGAGGAGUUCUCCGUCGAGGAGCUGAUCGCCCAAAUGCUGGUCAAGGCCAAGGAGUACGCUCAGAUAUCCACACAGCAGUCCAUCGCCGAGUGUGUGCUCACGGUGCCCGGCUACUUUGGCCAGGCGGAGCGCGAGGCGUUGCUGGCAGCCGCACAGCUGGCCAAUCUGAAGGUGCUGCAGCUGAUCAACGACUACGCGGCGGUGGCCCUCAACUAUGGCGUCUUCCAUCGUGGCGAGAUCAACGAGACGGCGCAGUACUAUCUGUUCUACGACAUGGGCGCCUACAAGACAUCGGCGACUGUCGUGAGCUACCAGCUGGUGAAGGACAAGCAGACCAAGGAGACCAAUCCCGUGGUGCAGGUGCUGGGCGUCGGCUUUGAUCGCACGCUGGGCGGCCUGGAGAUCCAGCUGCGACUGCGCGACUAUCUGGCCAAGGAGUUCAAUGCGUUGAAGAAGACCAAAACGGAUGUGACCACCAGUCCGCGGGCCCUGGCCAAGCUCUUCAAGGAGGCCGGUCGCCUGAAGAAUGUCCUGUCGGCGAACAACGAUCAUUAUGCGCAGAUCGAGAACCUGCUGGAGGAUAUCGACUUUAAGCUGCCGGUUUCGCGCGAGAAGCUGGAGGAGAUCUGUGCGGAUUUGUGGCCACGCACCAUCAAGCCGCUGCAGCAGGCUCUCGCCUCGUCCAAUCUGAGUCUCGAUCUGAUCACCCAAGUGAUCCUGUUUGGCGGUGGCACGCGUGUGCCACGCGUCCAGGAGACCAUCAAGGCGCUGAUCAAGCAGGAGCUGGGCAAGAACCUGAACGCCGACGAGUCGGCCACCAUGGGCGCUGUGUACAAGGCGGCGGAUCUCUCCGCUGGCUUCAAAGUCAAGAAGUUUGUCGUCAAGGAUGCUGUGCUGUAUCCCCUGCAAGUGAUCUUCGACAGCGUGGCCGCCGACGGUGUCUCUGCGAAGAAGGUGAAGCGCGUGCUCUUCGGCCUGAUGAAUCCCUAUCCACAGAAGAAGGUCAUCACCUUCAACAAGCACUCGGAUGACUUUGAGUUCUUCGUGAACUACGGGGAUCUGGAGCGCUACAGCCAGGAGACGGUCGCCGCCAUUGGCAGCCUGAACAUAACGCGCGUGGAAAUCCGACAGGUCAAGGAACUGCUGGAGAGCCUGAAGAAGGAUUUGGUGGAGAACAAGGGCAUCAAAGCGUACUUCGAGCUGAACGAUUCGGGCAUUGUGCGCUGCACCGGCGUGGAGUACAUCUACGACAAGCAGAAGCCGGACGAUGCGGAUGAGGACAGCACUCUGGCCAAGCUGGGCAGCACCAUCAGCAAGUUGUUCACCAAGAAAUCCGACACGGGAGAUGACGCCAGCGAGGACAACAAGGAGGAGGCUGCGCCCGAGGAGGCAGGCGCUGGCGCUGGUGCAGGCACAGGCGAGACCCCCAAAACAGAAGACAGCCAAACGGAGAAGCCUGCCGCUGCUGAGGCUGAACAAAAGGAUAAGGAGAAGGAGAAGGAGAAGAAGACUUCGUCGGAAGCGGCAGCGGCAGAGGCAGAGGGCGAGGGCAAGGCGGGCGCCAUUAAGCUGGUGACUGUCAAGGCGCCCGUGGCCCACAACACCCACGUGCUGUUCACGGCCAAUCUGUCGGGUGCCGCCUAUGACAGCUCGCUGGCCAAGCUGACGGCCAUCAACAAGAUCGAGGAGGAGCGCGUGCGCCUGGAGUCUGCCUUCAACUCGCUCGAGUCGCACAUCAUUGAGGUGCAGCAGAAGCUGGGCGAGGACGCGUACAAGAGCUGCGCCACUGCCAAGGAGAAGGAGAAGCUGCUGGCCGAGUGCAGCAGCCUGUCCGAGUGGCUGUACGAGGAUCUGGAGGAUCCCAAGGCGGAGAUCUAUGAGGAUAAGCUGCACGAGCUGAAGAAGCUUUCGAGUGUCUUCAUUGCGCGUCACUGGGAGCACGAGGAGCGGCCGGAGGCCGUCAAGGCACUGAAGGGUAUGCUCGAGGGUGCCGAGAAGUUCCUGGUGACCGCCCGCAAUCUCACCAAGGACACCAAUCCGGAGAAGGAUGUGUACACCCAGGUGGAGAUCGACACGCUCGUCAAGGCCAUCGAGGAGAGCAGCGCCUGGCUGAAGACUGAGUCUGCCGCCCAGAAGAAGCUGCCCCGCAAUGCCGAUGUCCGCCUCACCGUCAAGGAGAUCACCGCCAAGAUGAGCCUGCUGGAUCGCGAGGUCAAGUAUCUGGUGAACAAGAUCAAGAUCUGGAAGCCCAAGGUCGCUGACAAGGACAAGAAACCCAAAGAGACUGACAAGGAGAAGGAGCAGAAGGAGGGAGAGGCAGAGGGCGAGGCUGCAGGCAGCGGCGAUGAAGAUCAGGCAAAGGAGCAGCCAGAGGGCGCCGAGCCGGAGGUCACACCCACGCCCACGCCCACUGUUGACACCCAGACACCACACAGCGAACUCUAAACCAAGCCCCACAGACGACACAGAGGGCAGUAGAUUAAAGGCUGGACGCGAAAUGCUGGACGCGGGAGAUCUGGCGAUUGAUGGACGUGUUCGGUAAUGCAUAUAUGGGGCAAAGGGGGGGCUAUGCGGAACGAAUGGAAACGAACUUCAGGGGCAUGCGAAAAUCGAAACUUUGUGGGGGGAUAUGGGGUUCCGAUCGUUGCAGCUCUCCACGGAUCACAACAUUUCGCCUCAGCCAGAAUUUAUUUCUACGGUUUUUUUUUGUAUUCAAAUUAGCUAAAGUCGGGGUUUAAUUAAUUGCUAAUCUAUCUCUAAUCUAAUAAAACAAACCAACAAAAAACAAACAAAAUGUAAAAUGUAAACAAACGAUGUCCAAUUCCAA